AUGGAAAUAACAUCCACUAGUACCAAACCCUUCGAGAGACUCGCCCUCGAUAUAGUAGGAACUCUACCCGAAUCCGGUAUCCAAAAAUUUAAAUACAUACUAACUUUACAAGACGACUUAACUAAAUUCUCUAGUGCUUAUCCCAUGAUUACCUCCACUACAGAAGAAAUUGCUGAUUGUAACGAUAUACUGAACCCCGUUAAAGUUUUAUUGAGAUCAAAUGCUAUUAAAUUUCAAUCCUUAUCGCAUAUUGUAUCUACUAAUUCAUCAAUCAGAAUAAACAAGUGGUCACUUGAGUUCGGCGGCGAAAUUCUUAAAUUCUUUUUCGGUACUCUGGAUGCUGACGACGCUAGAAAGUAUGAUGCCGCGAUCUCAACAUGUCAACAAGACGAGACACAAAUACUCAAUCUCAUGAAAGAUAACAUACACGUUGUCCAAUCGUCAAUAAAUGCUUUCAAUUCAUCUAUAUAUAAACUCAAUGAUAACGAAGAAAAGCUAAAUCAUCAAAUAAAUUUAAUGAACAGCAUGUUCUCAAAUUACUCUAAUUAUAAUAAUGCACUCGAAAACGUAUUUAGAUUGAAUAGCUACAUUAAUAUAAUCGAAAGCUCUCUAUUAACAUUAUCAAAUAUCCUUGAUUCUAUUCUUAAUUCUAUCCUAUUUUCUAAAAUUAAUAUUCUACAUCCUUCUGUAAUAAGUCCCAUGAACUUAUUAACAGAAUUGGAAAAACACUCCGAUAUAUGUGACAUAUUCAAUGACUCCGUGCAUCUAUUAUCACCGAUCUCUCUAACUAAUAUUAAUUUAGAAUCUCUUCGUCAUGCCUCACAUAAAUUAGAUAACUUAGAAAAGGAAAUCAAUAAAAUACAAGAUCAACCUCACAUAAUUAAAUAUGGCUCUUAUUACUCAACCUUUACAUAUAUUUUAAUU